GAAAGAGAAUGUAAAACAUUUCAAAGAAUACAAAACGGCAGCUAGGUAUACGUAUGUUUACUAGGUUACUCGUGGUCUAUCCAAUGAAAUAUAUUUUUGUGUCGUGUAACAUGUUUAUACUAUUUGUGAUGAAGAACCUUGAAUAACAUUUUAUUUAUGAUAUCAAAUGAAGGUAUGUGAUAACGACCAGGCCUGUUGGUAGACAUAAUGAGUCAGAAGCUAUAUGUGUAGAAAUCGAUAUCACGUGAUGUCCUAGUUUUAUGACAUAUGUGAGACCGUCACGUUAUCAAAAAGAACUGUUUUCCGUUGUCUCUGAAUGAUAACUGAUAUUUCUUGACCUAAAUGUAAUGGUAAUAUCAAUCGUAAGGCUUCAACACAAUCCCAUAAUAGUAGGAUAAUCUGUCAAUUGUUAGAAAAAUUACCCUUAUUGUUAUCAGUAAAGUGAAUGUUAGCAAUCCCAGAAAUUUGAAUUCAUUAUCAAGAAAACGAAACUAGAAAUGCAAUAUUUCUGAUGUUUGAUAAAAAUCGAAAGUAAUUAUUGUCGAAUGCCUCCUGUUACAUAAUUUCAUGAUAGCACAAAGUUCUGUUGUAUGAAUCACAUUUAUAAUUCGACAAAAUGAAGCGAUUAUGUUCAAUUGAGUUAAGGAACUAAACGUCCCUCUUUCUAAAAAAGUAUUGUCUCAUCUGAGAUAAAAACAAACAUUAGUUCUUAUUAAUUACAAUAAUGUAUUGAUACAAUCUAGAAAACGAAAAGGGAUUUAAAUCAGUUUAAAGAAGACAAAUAAAACAAGGAAAACCAGAAAUUUAAUAAUGCUACCAGACAAAGAAUCGCUUUGAAGGACGAGCAACUGCAGAACACUAAUUCAAUCAACCGUUUAAACAAAACGAUUUCCCGCUGUUUUUCAUUCCUUUUCGGUAUUGUCAACUCUCUUUUCUGACAAAUUCAGUUGAUUACAUUGUUAGAAAGAUGUGACCGUACUUGGGUGUCACACCUUGGUGUACAAUUUCUGUAUGGGAAGCGAACUCUACAUUGAAUACCCUAAGAGAGGUCGAUAACAGUAUGUCAGAUAUCUUUAAAUAAAAAAAUGGGCAUUUGAUCAAAAUAAGAUAUGUUUAUACGUUUUUGAGUAAUAUUUUAAAUGUACAAAAUAUAUACAUAAUUGAUAUAGAGCUGUCUUUUAAAGACAUGAGGAUAUAUAUAAGUCAAUAACAGAUCUUCUUAAAUGAAUUAAGGAUAUCAAAUUAAAUUAGGUAAUUUCUAUGUCUGUUAUAUUUCAAUGGAACAGUGAUAUCUUGUGAUAUGUUAGAUAUACAUUUAAAUGUAUUUGAAAUAUCUCGAACGGAUGUAGAGAGAUCUUAAUACGACUUAAAUGUAUUAAUGGAUGUGCAAUUUAUAUCCUUAAGAUGGUCUAAAAAACCAAUUCGAUUAAAGAUGUAUGAAUACCGAUUGAAGUUUAACUAAGCAAAAUGAGCACUUAAUUGAUAGGGUAAUUCAAUAAAUGCAUUUCAACAAUCACGGAAGGAGCAUUUAUUGUAUUCGAUAUUAUCAAAGUAUAAACCUUUGUUUUAUGUAGUUGGAAUUCAAAUGACAACCCUAUGGUAAAAAAAUUAUAUCCAGAUAAUUAUCUUUCAUUCCUAUCAUACUGAAAAUUUGCCUUUGACAAUCGUUAAGUUAAUCAUCCUUUGGAUAACUGGUUAGGAAAAUGUAUAUGGCUAUUAGAGUAUCACGUGGUCUUUGGGGGUUUUCCAACUAGGUCCGCCAUUACAUAAACACUUAGAACUGUAAAGCGAGCGUUCCAAAUACUUGAAAAUUUAAGAUUCUGCUGGAACGACUCUCUAGACGGCAACCCAUUUAUAACGGAGGUAAGCUAAAACAUGGUUUCAUUUUAUUAUCACAUAAAAUACAUAUUUGUUAAAUUCUACAAUGUAAGUGUUUGUUCCUGCUGCUAUAUGCAUAGUUUGUUUCUCGAUAGGAAGGUUUUGUUGUUGAAAUGACAUUUCUUAUUUGAAAGAAUGAAGUGAUUUUGUUGUGAUUUAUAAAAAUAGGUUAUUAACGGAUAGAAAAGCGCUCCCCUAAAAAUAUAUCUCCCCAUUAGAAUAGAAACUAAGGUUUGCUUAUAAUACUUUAUUUCAUAAAAUCGAGAAAACGAAAGAGAAUGUAAAAUAUUUCCAAGAAUACAAAAAGGCAGCUAGGUACACGUAUGUAUACUAGGUUACUCAUGGUCUAUCCAAUGAAACACAUUUUUGUGUCGUGUAACAUGUUUAUACUAUUUGUGAUAAAGAACGUUGAAUAACAUUUUAUUUAUGAUAUCAGAUGAGGUUUUGUGAUAACGACCAGGCCUGCUGAUAUGUAGAAUAAGAUAUCACGUGAUUUCUUAGUUUUAUGACAUAUAUGAGACCGUCACGUUAUCACAAAUAAACUGUUCCCGUUGUCUCAGAAUGACAACUGAUAUUUCCUGACCUACAUGUAAUGGUAAUAUUAAAUGUAAGGCUUCAACACAAUCCCGUAACAGUAGGAAAACCUGUCCUUUUUAGAACUAUACUUAUUGUUAUCAGUAAGAUAAUAUAAGCGAUCCCCGAAAUUUGAAUGCAUUAUCACAGAAAACGAAAGUAAAAAUGUAAUAUUUCUGAUGUUUGAUAAAUAUCACAAAUUAUUGCCCUUCCUUCUAGAAAUGUAUCACCCCGUUUGAGAUAAAAAAAAUAACAAAACAACCUAUUCUUAUAACAAUAAUGUAGUUAUACAAAAGAGAAAAUGGAAAUAAAUUACAAUUAGUUUAAACAAGGUUAACAAAUGAAAGGAAACCAAGAAUUUCAUAAAGCUACCAGACAAUUAUUGCUUAACAUGUCAAUCGACUGCAGGACACCUUUUAAUUCCACCGUUAAUUUCUUUCGUUUUCUAUAAUGUCAACUUAUCUUUCAGGCACAUUUGAUUGAUUUAAUGUCAAAAAGAUGUAUGCGUACUUGGGUGCAAUGCCACUAUGUAUAAUGUAUUGAAGGGAAGGGAAAUUUACAUUGAAUACCAAAAGAGGGGGCGAUAACAGUAAGUUUUGUUGUUUAAAUGACAUUAAGGAAAGUCACGUUAUUAACGGAAAAUAAUGCCCUUCCAUUAAAAUAAUCCCAUCAGGGAGGAUACGGAGGUUUGUUUAUAACACUUAUAUUUCAUAAAAUCAAGAAAGCGAAAGACGAUUUAAAACAUUUCCAAGAAUACAAAACGGCAGCUAGGUAUACGUAUGUUUACUAGGUUCCUCGUGGUCUAUCCAAUGAAAUACAUUUUUGUAUCGUGUAACAUGUUCAUACUAUUUGUGAUAAAGAACCUUGAAUAACAUUUUAUUUAUGAUAUCAAAUGAAGGUAUGUGAUAACGACCAGGCCUGUUGGUAAACAUAAUGAGUCAGAAGCUAUAUGUGUAGAAGUCGAUAUCACGUGAUGUCCUAGUUUUAUGACAUAUGUGAGACCGUCACGUUAUCAAAAAGAACUGUUUUCCGUUCUCUCUGAAUGAUAACUGAUAUUUCUUGACCUAAAUGUAAUGGUAAUAUCAAUCGUAACGCUUCAACACAAUCCCAUAAUAGUAGGAUAAUCUGUCAAUUGUUAGAAAAAUUACCCUUAUUGUUAUCAGUAAAGUGAAUGUUAGCAAUCCCAGAAAUUUGAAUGCAUUAUCAAGAAAACGAAACUAGAAAUGCAAUAUUUCUGAUGUUUGAUAAAAAUCGAAAGUAAUUAUUGUCAAAUGCCUCCUGUUACAUAAUUUCAUGAUAGCACAAAGUUCUGUUGUAUGAAUCACAUUUAUAAUUCGACAAAAUGAAGCGAUUAUGUUCAAUUGAUUUAAGGAACUAAACGCCCCUCUUUCUAAAAUAGUAUUGUCUCAUCUGAGAUAAAAACAAACAUUAGUUCUUAUUAAUUACAAUAAUGUAUUGAUACAAUCUAGAAAACGAAAAGGGAUUUAAAUCAGUUUAAAGAAGACAAAUAAAACAAGGAAAACCAGAAAUUUAAUAAUGCUACCAGACAAAGAAUCGCUUUGAAGGACGAGCAACUGCAGAACACUAAUUCAAUCAACCGUUUAAACAAAACGAUUUCCCGCUGUUUUCCAUUCCUUUUCGGUAUUGUCAACUCUCUUUUCUGACAAAUUCAGUUGAUUACAUUGUUAGAAAGAUGUGACCGUACUUGGGUGUCACACCUUGGUGUACAAUUUCUGUAUGGGAAGCGAACUCUACAUUGAAUACCCUAAGAGAGGUCGAUAACAGUAUGUCAGAUAUCUUUAAAUAAAAAAAUGGGCAUUUGAUCAAAAUAAGAUAUGUUUAUACGUUUUUGAGUAAUAUUUUAAAUGUACAAAAUAUAUACAUAAUUGAUAUAGAGCUGUCUUUUAAAGACAUGAGGAUAUAUAUAAGUCAAUAACAGAUCUUCUUAAAUGAAUUAAGGAUAUCAAAUUAAAUUAGGUAAUUUCUAUGUCUGUUAUAUUUCAAUGGAACAGUGAUAUCUUGUGAUAUGUUAGAUAUACAUUUAAAUGUAUUUGAAAUAUCUCGAACGGAUGUAGAGAGAUCUUAAAACGACUUAAAUGUAUUAAUGGAUGUGCGAUUUAUAUCCUUAAGAUGGUCUAAAAAACCAAUUCGAUUAAAGAUGUAUGAAUACCGAUUGAAGUUUAACUAAGCAAAAUGAGCACUUAAUUGAUAGGGUAAUUCAAUAAAUGCAUUUCAACAAUCACGGAAGGAGCAUUUAUUGUAUUCGAUAUUAUCAAAGUAUAAACCUUUGUUUUAUGUAGUUGGAAUUCAAAUGACAACCCUAUGGUAAAAAAAUUAUAUCCAGAUAAUUAUCUUUCAUUCCUAUCAUACUGAAAAUUUGCCUUUAACAAUCGUUAAGUUAAUCAUCCUUUGGAUAACUGGUUAGGAAAAUGUAUAUGGCUAUUAGAGUAUCACGUGGUCUUUGGGGGUUUUCCAACUAGGUCCGCCAUUACAUAAACACUUAGAACUGUAAAGCGAGCGUUCCAAAUACUUGAAAAUUUAAGAUUCUGCUGGAACGACUCUCUAGACGGCAACCCAUUUAUAACGGAGGUAAGCUAAAACAUGGUUUCAUUUUAUUAUCACAUAAAAUACAUAUUUGUUAAAUUCUACAAUGUAAGUGUUUGUUCCUGCUGCUAUAUGCAUAGUUUGUUUCUCGAUAGGAAGGUUUUGUUGUUGAAAUGACAUUUCUUAUUUGAAAGAAUGAAGUGAUUUUGUUGUGAUUUAUAAAAAUAGGUUAUUAACGGAUAGAAAAGCGCUCCCCUAAAAAUAUAUCUCCCCAUUAGAAUAGAAACUAAGGUUUGCUUAUAAUACUUUAUUUCAUAAAAUCGAGAAAACGAAAGAGAAUGUAAAAUAUUUCCAAGAAUACAAAAAGGCAGCUAGGUACACGUAUGUAUACUAGGUUACUCAUGGUCUAUCCAAUGAAACACAUUUUUGUGUCGUGUAACAUGUUUAUACUAUUUGUGAUAAAGAACGUUGAAUAACAUUUUAUUUAUGAUAUCAGAUGAGGUUUUGUGAUAACGACCAGGCCUGCUGAUAUGUAGAAUAAGAUAUCACGUGAUUUCUUAGUUUUAUGACAUAUAUGAGACCGUCACGUUAUCACAAAUAAACUGUUCCCGUUGUCUCAGAAUGACAACUGAUAUUUCCUGACCUACAUGUAAUGGUAAUAUUAAAUGUAAGGCUUCAACACAAUCCCGUAACAGUAGGAAAACCUGUCCUUUUUAGAACUAUACUUAUUGUUAUCAGUAAGAUAAUAUAAGCGAUCCCCGAAAUUUGAAUGCAUUAUCACAGAAAACGAAAGUAAAAAUGUAAUAUUUCUGAUGUUUGAUAAAUAUCACAAAUUAUUGCCCUUCCUUCUAGAAAUGUAUCACCCCGUUUGAGAUAAAAAAAAUAACAAAACAACCUAUUCUUAUAACAAUAAUGUAGUUAUACAAAAGAGAAAAUGGAAAUAAAUUACAAUUAGUUUAAACAAGGUUAACAAAUGAAAGGAAACCAAGAAUUUCAUAAAGCUACCAGACAAUUAUUGCUUAACAUGUCAAUCGACUGCAGGACACCUUUUAAUUCCACCGUUAAUUUCUUUCGUUUUCUAUAAUGUCAACUUAUCUUUCAGGCACAUUUGAUUGAUUUAAUGUCAAAAAGAUGUAUGCGUACUUGGGUGCAAUGCCACUAUGUAUAAUGUAUUGAAGGGAAGGGAAAUUUACAUUGAAUACCAAAAGAGGGGGCGAUAACAGUAAGUUUUGUUGUUUAAAUGACAUUAAGGAAAGUCACGUUAUUAACGGAAAAUAAUGCCCUUCCAUUAAAAUAAUCCCAUCAGGGAGGAUACGGAGGUUUGUUUAUAACACUUAUAUUUCAUAAAAUCAAGAAAGCGAAAGACGAUUUAAAACAUUUCCAAGAAUACAAAACGGCAGCUAGGUAUACGUAUGUUUACUAGGUUCCUCGUGGUCUAUCCAAUGAAAUACAUUUUUGUAUCGUGUAACAUGUUCAUACUAUUUGUGAUAAAGAACCUUGAAUAACAUUUUAUUUAUGAUAUCAAAUGAAGGUAUGUGAUAACGACCAGGCCUGUUGGUAAACAUAAUGAGUCAGAAGCUAUAUGUGUAGAAGUCGAUAUCACGUGAUGUCCUAGUUUUAUGACAUAUGUGAGACCGUCACGUUAUCAAAAAGAACUGUUUUCCGUUCUCUCUGAAUGAUAACUGAUAUUUCUUGACCUAAAUGUAAUGGUAAUAUCAAUCGUAACGCUUCAACACAAUCCCAUAAUAGUAGGAUAAUCUGUCAAUUGUUAGAAAAAUUACCCUUAUUGUUAUCAGUAAAGUGAAUGUUAGCAAUCCCAGAAAUUUGAAUGCAUUAUCAAGAAAACGAAACUAGAAAUGCAAUAUUUCUGAUGUUUGAUAAAAAUCGAAAGUAAUUAUUGUCAAAUGCCUCCUGUUACAUAAUUUCAUGAUAGCACAAAGUUCUGUUGUAUGAAUCACAUUUAUAAUUCGACAAAAUGAAGCGAUUAUGUUCAAUUGAUUUAAGGAACUAAACGCCCCUCUUUCUAAAAUAGUAUUGUCUCAUCUGAGAUAAAAACAAACAUUAGUUCUUAUUAAUUACAAUAAUGUAUUGAUACAAUCUAGAAAACGAAAAGGGAUUUAAAUCAGUUUAAAGAAGACAAAUAAAACAAGGAAAACCAGAAAUUUAAUAAUGCUACCAGACAAAGAAUCGCUUUGAAGGACGAGCAACUGCAGAACACUAAUUCAAUCAACCGUUUAAACAAAACGAUUUCCCGCUGUUUUCCAUUCCUUUUCGGUAUUGUCAACUCUCUUUUCUGACAAAUUCAGUUGAUUACAUUGUUAGAAAGAUGUGACCGUACUUGGGUGUCACACCUUGGUGUACAAUUUCUGUAUGGGAAGCGAACUCUACAUUGAAUACCCUAAGAGAGGUCGAUAACAGUAUGUCAGAUAUCUUUAAAUAAAAAAAUGGGCAUUUGAUCAAAAUAAGAUAUGUUUAUACGUUUUUGAGUAAUAUUUUAAAUGUACAAAAUAUAUACAUAAUUGAUAUAGAGCUGUCUUUUAAAGACAUGAGGAUAUAUAUAAGUCAAUAACAGAUCUUCUUAAAUGAAUUAAGGAUAUCAAAUUAAAUUAGGUAAUUUCUAUGUCUGUUAUAUUUCAAUGGAACAGUGAUAUCUUGUGAUAUGUUAGAUAUACAUUUAAAUGUAUUUGAAAUAUCUCGAACGGAUGUAGAGAGAUCUUAAAACGACUUAAAUGUAUUAAUGGAUGUGCGAUUUAUAUCCUUAAGAUGGUCUAAAAAACCAAUUCGAUUAAAGAUGUAUGAAUACCGAUUGAAGUUUAACUAAGCAAAAUGAGCACUUAAUUGAUAGGGUAAUUCAAUAAAUGCAUUUCAACAAUCACGGAAGGAGCAUUUAUUGUAUUCGAUAUUAUCAAAGUAUAAACCUUUGUUUUAUGUAGUUGGAAUUCAAAUGACAACCCUAUGGUAAAAAAAUUAUAUCCAGAUAAUUAUCUUUCAUUCCUAUCAUACUGAAAAUUUGCCUUUAACAAUCGUUAAGUUAAUCAUCCUUUGGAUAACUGGUUAGGAAAAUGUAUAUGGCUAUUAGAGUAUCACGUGGUCUUUGGGGGUUUUCCAACUAGGUCCGCCAUUACAUAAACACUUAGAACUGUAAAGCGAGCGUUCCAAAUACUUGAAAAUUUAAGAUUCUGCUGGAACGACUCUCUAGACGGCAACCCAUUUAUAACGGAGGAAAACCAAAUCAAUAGUUUGCCUGUUGAUAAGACAUCAAGUUGUCCUCACGCACCAAAUAUGUUCAUUUCACUAAACUAACAAAAACAAAUUCUUCACAUGCGGGCGAUGGAUAAGAACAUUAAUGUGACAUGAUAUUCAUCUCACAUAGUGAUUGUUUACCAUGAACAUGGAAAGGGAAGCCAGAGAAGAUACAGACUGCUAUCAUCCCAAAUUUGAAUUUGAUGCAGCUCCUAAAGAGGUGUCACUGAAUGAAACAGCAGAAUCUGAUCGGGGCAGUUUACAAAGCAUAUCAUCCGAUAAUACCGAAAGUCCUGGAAAUGCCGAAAGCACGUCAAUACAACCACCAUUUGAAGAAAUUGACAAAGAUGAGGAAGCUGCUGCAACGAAGCAGUCCGCUACUGCACCGGGAAAACCAAGAACAAGUGAAAUUGGAUGCAAUUUCUUAAAACUGGAAUGGGAGAAGCCUUCGGAUAGAGACAUUUCGUACUAUGAAAUCAGGUUCAAAAUUGUGACUGACACUGAUUGGUGUACGCCUGUCUUCUCUGAAUUCGACAAACCGUGUUACCAGCUAAGAGGUCUGGUGCCUGAUACAGAAUACGAAUUCAAAGUAAAGGCACACUACGAAGGCAAAGAAGGUGACUUUAGCCAAAAGAGCGAUCCAUUCAAGACCAAGCAAGCAGUUGUUGAAAUGACAUCAUCCACUUCAAAAUAUCUGACACGAAAACCAGGAAAGCCCAUUUCAUUAGAUGCCAAGGAAGACCAUAUACAGCUCGGGUGGGAUAAACCAGAAGAGAAAAAUGUAAAAUAUUACGAAAUCAAAUACAAAUCUUCAGAGGAUGAAAACUGGUCAAAAUCUGUGUUCACAGAAAAUGCCAAUACAUUUUACCUGGUCAAACGUCUGCUUCCAGAAACUGAGUAUAGAUUUAAAGUAAAGUCACAUCACCAAACAUUUGAAGGGGAAUUCAGCGACGUAGGCGAUGCCAUAGAGACAACGGCGGCGGCGGCGGAGAAAGUUAGUGUUUGCCUUACACCAACGUCUUCUAGUCGGCCGGGUAAACCAGCUGCAUUGGAUGUUGGUCUUGAUUACGCGUGUAUCGCGUGGGAUAAGCCCGACAGAUGUGAUGUUGCAUACUAUGAAGUGAAGAUGAAAACUACAGGUGAUGAAUUGUGGUUGAAAAUGCCAUCUUUCACAGAAAACAACAAGCCGUUUAAGAAAGUUUCAGAUCUCGCAUAUGGAACGGAAUACGAGUUUAAAGUUCGUGGUCAUUUUCAAAGGGAUGAAGAUGAAGGUGAUUUCAGUGAGAAGAGUGACCCGAUCAUCACCAAUCAACCAAAUGUGUUUAAGACCGACCUUCGCAGUGCUUCAAAGAAAGUCUCAUUACGAAAACCGGGAAAGCCAUGCUGUUUAAAUUGUGGUUGUGACUUCAUCGAUUUAGGUUGGGAAAGACCUGCCGAAAAAAGCGUUACAUAUUAUGAGCUUAAAUCAAAAACUGCACACACGAAAGCAUGGGUCAAGAUGCCUGUAGUUACUGAUGAUGCUAAAACGUUUUGUCGAAUGGGAGGACUUUCACCUUCAACACAAUACGUGUUCAAGGUUCGAGCAUAUUUUCUCGAGGAAGAAGGGGAAUUUAGUGAUGAGAGUGAUAUUAUCACAACUUCAAACAUGCUGGAACACAUAGAAGCAGAAGAUUGUUCCAUGUCAGUUGUGAAAUUUCAAGAAAGAGUUCGCCCUACGAAGGAGGUCCCUUUAGGAAGACCGUUGACAGAGCUGACACGACAUAGCAAACUCAAGCAUGCUGAUGAUGAUUACCUACUCCCUAGUCAAUUUCCUAUGACUUAUCCUGGAAAUAUACAAAUGGAACAGGAACACUUUGGGAUUAUUGAACCCCGUUCGCAAAACAGCACUCAACUCAGGCCCAUUCGGGACGAUGAUUACCUGCUUCAUAGUGUAUAUCAUGGGGCGUUACAUACCCCUGACGGAUCGACAACAAGCUUGGCUGCACGUAGCAUCAAUCAGAAUCGAGCUGGCUCAAAACAUGCACACGCAAGACAACCAAGUAAACCAACACGGUUGGAUGUGGGCAGUGAUUUUAUUUUGCUGGGAUGGGCCAUUCAAGAAUCUGAGGGUGUCCUGUACUAUGAAAUUAAGAACAGACUCACACGAGAUGUGUUAUGGGUUAGGGAUUCGGUCACAACAAACGACAGUGUGCCCCAGAUUUUAGUCCGCGGCCUUCUACAAGAUACAGGAUAUACGUUCAAGGUCAGAGCACAUUACAGGGACGGAGAGGGUGAAUUCAGUGAACCAAGUGACUCUAUAUAUACAAGGCAAUCACUGGCUUUGUCCGUUCGGAACGUUUGCAUUAAACUUCAGGAUGGGGAACCAGCAUUCUACAAGAUGCCGUUGUCAGAAAAUAAGGCUGCCAGAAAUUCGGCAUACAAAACGAGGAAGUGUGAAUUUGGAUCAUCAGAUCUUGUCAGCGAGAAAACGAUAAUGAUGAUCGGAGCUACUGGGUCUGGCAAAAGCACACUUAUUGACGGCAUGGUGAACCACCUGAUGGGGGUCAAGUGGGAGGACGACUUUAGGUUCAAAAUAAUCGAUCUUAUGACUGAAGAGGAAGCCAGAAAAGGACUUGAAACGGAGUCACAAACUGACUGGAUCACCAGUUACAGAGUUCAUCCCAUGAUCGAAACUGUUAAGUUUAUCUGUAACAUCAUUGACACGCCAGGAUUUGGAGAUACCAGAGGAAUAGAGAGAGACCAGCAGCUUGUGGAUCAAAUCCGUGCAUUCUUCUCUACGAAAGGCGUCCAAGGAAUUGAAACAAUAGAUGCAAUAUGUUUCGUCACACAGGCCCCUUUAGCCAGGCUGACACACACUCAACGAUAUAUCUACGAAUCAAUUCUGUCCAUAUUCGGAAAAGAUAUGCAAGACAACAUCGUUGCUUUGGUAACAUUUGCAGAUGGGAAGGAGCCACCGGUGCUUAAUGCUCUGGUGCAAGCUGAAAUUCCAAUCAAGAUGCACUUUGUAUUCAAUAAUUCAGCCCUUUUCGAACCAAACACAGACCACAAAUGCAACAGAUUCGGCAAGAUGUUUUGGGAUAUGGGUUCUCUUAGCUAUGGUGGAUUUUUCAAAUUUCUGCCACUGAUGACGACACAGAGUUUACAACUAACAGCUGAGGUGUUGCAGAAACGAGAGCAACUCAAAGUCACAAUAGAGGGACUGUUACCACAAAUUGAUAUUGGGCUUGGAGACCUUGAGACAAUGAGACAGGAGAGGGAUCUUGUGAACAAAUACUCAAGAGAAAUCGCUGAUAACCAAAACUUCACAUACGUAGUAGAUGAAUUUCAUCAGGAAAAAACACCCUUAAAUCCAGGCGAAUAUGUCACUAACUGUACAUUUUGCCAUUAUACAUGUCAUUACCCCUGUCAUAUCGCUGAUGACAGUCAGAAGUCAGUGUGUGCAGCGAUGACAAAUGGGAUUUGCACGAUUUGUCCGAAAAAGUGCGGAUGGAAUUCCCAUCGAAACAACGAUUUUCGCAUAAAAGUUACACAGGUGAAAGUAAAGAAAACUUACGAAGAAAUGAGAAAGAAGCUAGAGAUAGCAGCGAAGGGUAAAGUAUCUAAGGAACAUGUCCUUCAACGCAUCGGGAAAAAAGUAGCUGGUGUGAAAGAAACUGUUUGUAACAUGAUUGAAAAAGUUCGUAACUGUGGUAAUUAUUUACGGAAAAACGCUCUCAAGGCAAACCCACUUACGGAGGUGGAAUACCUCGAUGUCAUGAUGAAAUCGGAACAACAACAGAAGAAACCCGGUUUUGAAUCUCGCGUUGAGAUGUUGAAAAUGUUCAAGCGCAGUGCAAGCAUCAAGGCAAAAACAAUACACAUGAAAACAGAUGAUGUAUUGAAGGACAUGGGAUUCCAUGACAUGAACCUGUAACUGUAUACCGCGAAUAGGAAGACGAUACGAUAAAGGAAUUCGAUAUUUUUUAAAACACAUUUCAUGCUAAAAGAAGACUUUCAGUGACUUACAGAAGAAUAACAAUUUAAUUUAAACGGUUGAAUUAUGAAAACACAACACUUGAUACAAUUAUUACAGGUGACUCAAAUAAACAUGUUAAAAGUAUCGUCUGUUUAAAGUUCUGGUGAAAUACAUAAGUGUUAGUAUGAUCAACUUAUUUACACGAAUGACUUUCUAUAGGUGUAUGUAAAAAGAAAUGGUAUUCAGAUUUUUGUCUAGAUAGUCCAAUGAUUAUUUAAUCGUUUACUUUGUCAUUCCGUAUUUAAUCAAAAAUGCAUUUGGCUUCUAAUUAGGAACCUAUUAAUGUAUGGAAAAUGAAGAACUGAAAUAAUUAACAAACAUGAAUGCAUACAUUCUAAAAUAGAUACUAUUUAAUCGGAUGAUAAACGUUGGAUGAACAAAGAGAGAAGCUUAAUCGUAAUUCAAAUGUAAUAAAGAUAUAUAAACUUGUUCGAUCAGGAAAACCAUAGUGUUGAGUUGCACGAAUUCAAAGAUGACAGCUACAGUCUAUGAAGCAACAAGGAGCACGGUAGUUGUUGGAUAUAUUAUCAAUGAUUAUGGCUUAUUGACAAAUAUAUAUUCUUUUGAGUUAGUAUCUGGCACUAUUAUAUCUUAAGUUUAAAAGUAUGCGUAUGCAUUUCUGUUUUGGAAAGAAUUUGUAUAGAUAUCGACUUUUUAUUUUUCAAUGAAAUUUACUGUUUUAUAAUGAAAAGAAACACUUGAUAGAUCUAACCAAUUUGAAAAAGGCGUAAUAAGAUAUUUGAUUUAUUUAACUAUCAGAAAAUGUGAUACUGGUACUGGAGUGCACUUUAAGCACGGGAAUACUAUCCGACAUAAUUCAUCAGGCACAACAAUUGGUAAUGAGCUUCUACAUACAAUUUAUAACUUUGUAUUUUACAUAUUUAUAGGUAUAUGUAUUGCAACAUUCAACACCAUUUGUUCCCAUUCGUUAUGUGUAAGGUCAAUUAUGCCUUUUUCACCUAACAGAAAGUUCGCUUGUUGUUUUUGUUUUUUUUGGUUGUUUUUUUUUCCAAGCAUUUUCAAAUAUAUGGUACACGGGUUCGAAACCUACGCGGGGCAGUUUCCAAGUACUAGCCGUUGGUCGGGGUUUUUUCCGGGAACUUCGGCUUUCCUCCACUAUUUAAACCUUGCAUAUCCUUAUAUGACCAUCGCUGUUAAUAGGACGUAAAACACAAACUAACCAACCAAACAAUAACCAAAAAAGAAAACAGGUGUUUAGCUUUAUGUAAAUAUAAAUAAAUCGUUUGAGGGGUUCAUGAGAUAUUUUCUAUACAAACCUUUUACUUCAAAAGCGGUCAAGUGUGAUCAGUGUCUUUCAUCUUUGACGCUAUAUCUUUGACCGAUGACCAUAACACGCUGAUCAGGUAUAGAACUUGAUAUUGCCAUGGUGUACAUAUGAAUAUAAUGUCUGUAGCGGUUCAUGAGAUAUCUGGUACAUAAUAUUAUUUACUACUUAAGAUGGGUGGACGGACAGGCCUUAUGUUUAGUAAAUUAGCUAUUAUAAAAUGAUGCUUUUAUUAUUGCAUAUCCUAUACUUGAUUUAUUAACAUAACAAUCAGUGCUGUUUCCUACAUAAAAACGUUUAUAAUUUAGAGUACAUAGAACAUGUAUAUUUGUGUAAAUACAAUACUAUCAUUUACAACAAUUGAAUCGUUUCACUUUAAAUGACAAUUGUUCUUAAAAUUAUUUUGAUUUUUCUCUCUAUGAUUUGCAUACAAACUAUUUUUUAUAAGAUUUAUUGUUUCAUGUAAAACCCAAAGGAUCAUACCUAUACAAAUUUUGAUUGUUUUACCAUUAUCACUCUAGCUUACCUAAUUACCAACUCAUUUGAUAAUUUGCUACGAGUUGGUAAACAUUUGUGGUAACCUACAAUUGCUUAACACCGGUGUAGCGGUUCAUGAUAUAUCUGGUACACAAUAUUAUUUACUACUCGAGAUGGUUGGACGGACAGGCCUUAUGUUUAGUAAAUUAGCUAUUAUAAAAUGAUGCUUUUAUUAAGUGUGCAUAUCCUAUCCUUGAUUUAUCAACAUAACAAUCAGUGCUGUUUCCUACAUAAAAACGUUUAUAAUUUAGAGUACAUAGAACAUGUAUAUUUGUGUAAAUACAAUACUAUCAUUUACAACAAUUGAAUCGUUUCACUUUAAAUGACAAUUGUUCUUAAUAUAAUUUUGAUUUUUCUCUCUAUGAUUUUCAUACAAAAAAAUCAUUUUUAUAAGAUUUAUUGUUUCAUGUUAAACCCAAAGAAUCAUACCUAUACAAAUUUUGGUUGUUUUUACCAUCAUUACUCUAGCUUAUCUAAUUACCAACUCAUUUGAUACAUUUGCUACGAGUUGGUAAAUUUGUGGUAACCUACACUUGCUUAACACCGGUGAUGUAACUUUAUUGGGCAAUCCUUCAACUAUGAUAAUGCUUUGGGCUGACAUCUUCCAUUGUAGCGUAAUAAUUAAUGGCAAUUGUUUACCGAUAAAAAACAGGACUCAUGUUUUUCCAAGUGAAACGUAUGAUUUUCUAGACAUGAAAUGUAUGUUAUGGGAGGAAAACGUUCCGAAAAAACUUGAUGACUGGCCAUCAUGUUUAUCUAAUUAUCGUCAGUUAUUUUGCAAAACGUAAAAGAUACUCAGUGAACCUCUUGUUUUAAACAAGUUUGAACAUUAACCUACUCGAUUAACAUGAAUAUAUUAACCAACCAGCACCAAUACGUGAACCCCUAAGUCUAUUUUGAAUUAAUUUAGGCAGCUAUGUUUUGCAACCUCUCUUAUUUAAAUGGGAACACCGUUCGUUUAAGUGGAGAAUUCCUUAAUUGAUGUUAUUCCUAAUGAGUGUGUAUACAUUCAAUGUUGUUUUUGUGACGAAUUGGUAAAAUAGUUUUACAAUUCGCAACUCUUUUAAUAUAUAGCUGAUAUAGAGUUUAUGAUAACUUCUGUAAUAUUUUAACAUUGAUGUGUUGCACAUUUCAUAAUUCUAACUUUCUUUAUUCGAACAAUUAUUUCAAGGGGGAUCCAAUAAAAUAAAAUAAAUUUCUUUUCAAAAUUCGAAAAAUGACCAAAAUGUGUCACAGCUGAUCAAAGGGAGCAACUAAACAAAGAGUUUACCAAACUUGCAUAUUUUUAGCAGACUUCUUUUCUUUGCAUUCAUAUAUUAUGUACUUUUGUUCCAUAUAUGUUACAUGAUAUACCACUAGAUACGUAUAAUUGUGUAUUGAUGUUUUGUAUCUUAUCUUCAAAUAACACGAUAAUCAUAGGACAUUUAUAAUUUAUUUAUAAUAGGCUGUCAUUCAAGAAGUAUGUGGCAGACGUCAUCGUCCGUCUGCCAAAGCAUCCCUGGAAAGACUAGAUAGCAAGAAUGGGUUUUAUGAAUUUCGACAAACUUUAGACAAAAAAUUCCAUUGGCCAAUGACACUUAACUUUGUUAUGACGUGUAUUACCAGUAUAUACACAGCGUAACUGGUCGUAUGGGGACAAUAUGCAUUAAUAUUCUCAGAUUAUUUUGUCUUUAUGGGUAGGGUAAUUUGACUUCACAUGGUGAAACGAAUUGCGUGGUCAAAUGUUAUGGAUUUUGUAAAAAGAGAUGUAUUUACCUACUUAAAGUAAUAAUUUAAAAAUUGAAAAACUACCUUUAUGACCUUUAUAACUGAUGAUCGGCGACUUGUGGACUAUUAGGGGAGAUACAGGGUAUAAUUGAAAUACUCGUUCGGUACAGAUGAAGGACCUUUAACCUAGCACUGGCACUCUUAGUCAAGGGGACUCCUCAGUACCUAAUUUCAUACAUUAAGCGCCGUAAAGUAAUGUUGCUGUGAGUAUUCUGUCAUUAUAGAAACCUUCAUUGUUGUUGUACAAAUGUAAAUGAAAUAAAUUUUACAAGACGAUGAUCUUGAAUCCCAAUUUAAGCAAUUGAGCCCACAAGGAAUCUUAUAGUUUAACUGCUAGCUUUUUAUAUAAUCCAAUUAACAUAAUAAUCAAAUAAUUAAUUCGACCUUCUUUUUAUAAGAAAUCAUUAUCGAUACAUUAUACAGUAUGAAGGGGUAUGAUGUUAUCUGUGAGUCAGACCAAACUAACCUGUCAUGUUGAUCUUUAAAGAAAAAAUAUCAAAUCGGGCGGUUGAAUGUUUAUUCACUGAAGGACGUUACGACAGUUUAAUUUAUAACUUUGAUUACCAACUGUGGUGACCUCUCAAUUCGUACCAGGUGCUUGAAAUGAGAUUGGUUUGGUUUGGUUUGGUCUAAUUUUGUUUCACGUCCUAUUAACAGCUAAGGUCAUUUAAGGAGGUGCCUUCAUGUGUGUAGUGUAUGCGUGCUUGCGUGUGUGUAUGCAGGAGGCAUGCUAUGUUGGUGUGCUUAAAAUUGUUCUCCCUCACGACAAACCCUAGAAAUCACAAUCUAUAUGAACUAUGUUGUCCCUUUAAUUUUGUAAACUUAAGGAAGUAUAGUAUAGUUUUUAUCAUCUAUAUGCUACUUUAUAUCGUCUACUAGACCCAUUAUCACAGGUUGUCGUUAUUGGAAUACUUGAGACUUCAGAACUGAUUUUUCAAUUUGGGGAUUUUCUUUAUCUCAGUAAAGAAUUUAUGUAUGUGUCAUGCACCUGUGAGUUUUUCUCAAUAUAACACUUAAUCAUGGUGUUUUUUGUGUGUUUUUCACUUAUACUUUUGAUCAGCCUAAUUUUCGAAUUCUUUGAAAUCCGCACAUCAGGUAUCAAAUUUAGGACUUGCAUGUAAUAAGAGUUAAGAUAAUUGUUCUUAGUUCAGUCACAAAUUUGUUAUCAGUAAAUAGGCGAUGACAAAAGCGAAUAAUGAUAAGAACUUGUAUU